UUUCCAUUCUUUUCUGUCUUUCUAAAAAAAAACGAUAAAAAAAACUAGCAAAUAAUUGGAAAUUGACUUUCUCGUCUUUCCCCUUCUUUUCUUUCUGUCCUAGCUCCUGAGCGCGUUUCCUCGAGGAAAAAGCAGUCCACAUCUCCUGCCUGCAGCGCCAUCUCUGCUCCUAAUAACGCCAUCGUAUCUCAACACGUAUCCAAUAGCAAUUCAGCUGACAAACUCCCGCAAAGCAAGUCAGUCCUUCAAAACCGUUAUUUACUAUUUAAAAAAAAAAAAAAAAAACUCUCCCCUUCUCGACCAACGAGUGGAAGAACUGCCUGCUGCCGGUUACAGGCCCCCAUCCGAGGACCAGGAGCUCUACUGGCCCCAACACUUAUUCGCCGAUGGAGCUCUCUCUUUCUUCCUCUCUUCAUUCGAAUACUCCUGCAUCCUUCUAUCUCUCCACAAAUUCAACUUCUCCUCCGCGCCAAAAUCUCGGAUUAUUUUCCGCUGCGGCUUCUAAUUUUUCCUCUAGAGUUCUUCUCAAAUUCAAUAAAUCCUCGAUUUUACGGCAACCACGCCCUGUAAUAGUCAAAAGUCAGAGUUCCAGUGAGAUCACGAAUGACAAUGACGAUCACGGUUUUGUCCUCGAAGACGUUCCUCACCUCACCAGCUUCCUCCCUGAUUUACCGCCGUAUCCCAAUCCACUGAAAUAUAGCCAAGCUUAUGCUAUUGUCAAGAAUACAUUUGUCAGCCCAGAGGAUGUGGUUGCUCAGCAAAUUGUUGUUCAGAAGGGCAGUCCUAGAGGCAUACAUUUUCGACGUGCAGGUCCUCGAGAAAAGGUUUACUUCAAGCCGGAGCAAGUGCAUGCUUGUAUUGUGACAUGUGGGGGUUUAUGUCCAGGAAUCAAUACAGUGAUCCGUGAGAUAGUAUGUGGUUUGCACAAUAUGUAUGGUGUUGAUGACGUACUUGGUAUCCAGGGAGGGUAUAGGGGAUUUUACUCUCAGAACACUAUUAAGUUGACACCAAAACUUGUCAAUGACAUCCAUAAACGUGGUGGUACCUUUCUCCAAACUUCAAGGGGAGGUCAUGAUACCAAGAAGAUAGUUGAUAACAUUCAAGAUCGUGGAAUAAAUCAGGUGUACAUAAUUGGGGGGGAUGGCACUCAUAAAGGAGCAGCUGCAAUUUCCAAGGAAGUUGAAAAACGAGGGCUGCAGGUGGCAGUAGUUGGAAUCCCCAAAACAAUAGAUAAUGAUAUUGCUGUGAUAGACAAAUCUUUUGGCUUUGAUACUGCCGUUGAGGAGGCUCAAAGGGCCAUCAAUGCUGCACACGUGGAGGCUGAGUGUGUGGCAAAUGGAGUUGGAAUAGUAAAGCUCAUGGGUAGAUAUAGUGGGUUCAUUGCUAUGUUUGCAACUUUGGCAAGCAGAGAUGUGGACUGUUGUUUGAUUCCAGAGUCCCCAUUCUAUUUGGAAGGCCAGGGUGGGCUAUUGGAAUAUGUUGAACAGCGUCUUAAAGAAAAUGGACAUGUGCUGAUUGUGUUGGCAGAGGGUGCAGGACAAGAAUAUGUUUCACAGAGUGCGCAGGCUGUUAAUGGGACAGAUGCAUCUGGAAAUCGGCUACUUUUGGAUGUUGGUCUUUGGUUGACACAAGAAGUAAAGGAUCAUUUUACGAACGUCCGGAAAAUGGAAAUAAACCUGAAAUAUAUUGAUCCUACCUACAUGAUUCGGGCUAUUCCAAGCAAUGCCUAUGAUAAUAUCUACUGCACACUCCUCGCUCAAAGUGCUGUUCAUGGAACCAUGGCUGGAUAUACAGGUUUCACUGUUGGACCAGUAAACAGCAGACAUGCGUACAUUCCAAUUAAUCGGGUGACAGAGAAAACGAACACUGUCAGGUUGACGGACAGGAUGUGGGCCCGACUUCUUGCAUCCACUAAUCAACCUAGCUUCCUGCAAAAGUGUGAAAUUGUGCGAGAACGAGCUGAUAAAGAAACUAUGGAGGUAAUUGAUGACAUGAGGAUUACUUCUAUCUAGACUGUCAGUCUUCUGUCAGCGCCUGCAUUAAGAGAAGUGUCAAGCACAGCAAGCGUCUUAGGUCCACGGACUCUUGUAUAUUUGGAAAGAGUUAUUCUUUGCAAUUUGAGCAGGGCUGUGUAAGCUGACAACGUUAAUCUUGCUCUCAUUGGUCGGAUGAGAAUUUCCAUUUGCAUUUAUCCCGGACACUUAUUGUACCUAUUAUUUUGAAUUGGCUGAUAAAGCUUAGCAAUAUUUUUUGACUCUUAUGAUGAGCAGUUCUUCUAUGAGAUCUACUCAACAUGAUUAUUCAUGUUCGAACGUUUAGACAGGCAAGUCCAGUUUUGGCUUGCUUGUUAGAUUUGCCAGGAUGACUGCAAAGGCUCACUCUUAUUGUACCA